UGGAAGAUGUCCGCCGGGGUUGGGCGCUGCGCGGUGGGCUUCGCUUUCCGCUCCCUGCCGCAGAAAGCUUUCUCCUGCCUGGGGGACAAGGACAUCCAGGAACGACUUCUCAAAUGGUCCAUGCAAGGCAGGAUCACAGCACAAGCAUUCAGUUUUGACCAGCAAUUUAAGCCCUAUCAAAAGGAUGAAUUUGUUAUGGCAUUUUUUAAUGAUCAAAAUGUGAACUCCAGUUUAAAGUUGCUCUCAGCUUCAGGACAAUGGACUACAUUGGGUUCCAAAGUGACAAAAAUUGAAGCUACAGUGGUGCCCUGUACACAGAUUUCCAUGUCGUUUUUUGAUCGGCUGUACUCUGAAGGAGUUGUUAGAGAAACUGGAGAUAUUGUGAAAUGUUAUGAUGACUAUUACGAUGAUAUUCUCAUCUCUGAUGAAUUAAGGAAGGUCUUGCUUCUGGAAGAUUCAGACCACUAUGACAUAUUCAGUCAAUUGGAUCGCAAGGAAUUUCUGUUCUGUCUUUUUAAGCAUCUUUGCAUUGGAGGAACUCUUUGCCAGUUUGAAGAUGUAGUUGACCCAUACUUAGAAACUACAAAAGCUUUAUAUAAAGACUUGGUGAGUGUUCGAAAGAAUCCUGAAACAAAAGAAAUACAUAUUAUUUCUACAGUCUUCCGAGUGUCUGCAUAUGAUGAUAACGGCCUGUGUUACCCUUCGAGUAAAAGCCACGAACAGACUUUUGCCUACUUGAUAAUAGAUCCCUGCAAGAGACACGUGCACGCUCUGUACCACUGUUUUGGUGGAAGCUUGUUUAGUAACUAG